AUGCAGCGAAUAAGAUUUGCAGAUAUCCGCCCAGUAAAGCCAGAUGACUUUAUUUUUGACGAGACGAUCUGCACCAGCCAGGAACAAAAGCCAAAGAUCACACAAGAGUAUACAAAGGAAGAAAGAGAUUGUAUAGCAAAGAAGAAGAUUCUUGCAGUGGCUAUAAAGAAAACUGCUUGGGCAUCAAAGAAAGCACAGAAGAAAGAGCCUGAAACAGUGUGGGAUGGCGAUCUGUCAAGAGCAGAGCAAGGCCACUUUGACCCGAGGGGAAACUUUGUGAUUGGAGAUCCUCCGAAGGCAUCGUUUCUGUGGCUGGUAAGGACAUCCCAAGGCGUGCUUGGGCCAUUGACAGAUAAUGAACUGAGAAUCAUGAUUGAUGACGGCAGCAUUGCAAACUCAUACAUCAGAAGAGAUGUGGACAAGGAAUUUGUGCCGUACAAAAGCGUCGUUGAUGAUCUCGGGGAUUUUCUAGCAUCAGACAAGGUAGAUGAGUACUUCCAAAAGAAUGCUGUUGCAAAGAGCCUGCCCCAAAAGCCUCAGGAAUUCUUCGAGGAUCUUUCGUCCAUGUCGUUGAAGAAGGAGCCUGUGAAGGAUAUUGACCGUGCAGAAAUACUUGAGAGAUGCAUUCGAUCCAAGGGGUUUCUUCAUGGUAAGAAUCCAUCAGUAAGCUUAGGACAAAUCGAAAGACGGAUAUCCGGCAAGUCGUUCUCAGAAGCAGUAAGCAUAAUCUCAGGCAUAUCAGGGCUAAAGGCACUUGAGUCCGAGGAGUUCUUAAACAUGUUUCUUGAUGAGUCAAAGCUAUCGAUCCUUUCGGACAUCUGUCCAGAUGGAUUUGUAAAGGUUGCUCCAAAGCCAAAGAAAAGGACAAAGUAG